UUUGUUUAUCCGUCAAAUAUCAAAAACAUAACCGCACUUUCGAGCGCGAAACAAAAUUUUUUAUUUUAACUAGUCUAACUACAAAAUGUCUUCAGAUCUUAAACGGAAACUAAGCACGGAAAGCUCGGACGAGCGCAACAAAAAAAGGAGCGUGCAGAUUUCGGAAGAAAAGAUUGCGAAGUUGGUUAAUGCGGUGCUCGAAGGACCUCUAGGAAAUCUAGUGAUAAUUUUGCAAGACGAGGGAGAAAACCCUUACGUGACACUACAAAACGCGUUGGCGUAUUUAAAUAUAAGUUUGACGGUCACGAGAGACGAUACUGACAGAGAAAAUUUUGAUCUGAGAAUUAACGGAGUUGAAUAUGCUAGAGGUUCACAUCAGAAUGUCCAACUCGCAAAACGGGCUCUCGCUGAACAAACCCUGGAAAAACUGAGAGAUGUUUGUUUUUUCAUAGAAAAGAAGGGUUGUUACGUAAACGUAACCAAAGAAAAUCUACAAGCAUCGACAAGUAGUGUGGGUACUCAACAAAGUCUGAGUAAUGUGGACAGCAUUGCUCAGAAGAUUAUGAUGAAAAUGGGCUGGACUGGUGGUGGCCUUGGUGCCCAUGGCCAAGGCACUAAAGACUCCGUCAUACUAUGUGAAAACAUAAACCGACAAGGUCUUGGGACCACAAACAUUACAAAAGAAAUUACAAAAAUUCUUGACAAUUUUUCAAAGUCUUCGGACUUGCUCACUUUGGUUUUUAACUCAGACUUUACCAAAGAAGAACGGGCUUUAAUACAUCGGAUCGCCAGAAAGUACAAUUUAAAGUCGAAAAGCACGGGGUCUGAGUCGAGAAAGCUGUCAGUUUCUAAAAAAAUAACAAGGAUUGAUAUCGUCCGAGAGUUACUCAAAAUAGGGGGUGAAGACGGCUUGUACAAGUUACACAUACCCAAGAAUUUUGAGAAUUUGUGGUUUUAAAACGAACCAAUUGUUGAUUGUGUUGUGGAAAAGCGGAGUUCAACUGAAUAAAAUCUAUUUAAUUAAAAA